CUUCUCAUUGCAAUAAAGCACAGUCUUCAUGCACCCAUGUUCUUUUUUCUUUUCAUGCUGGUUAUUACUGACCUCAUACUAUCUACCACCUGUGUCCCAAAAGCUCUGAGCAUCUUCUGGUUUGGUCCUCAGGAAAUCAGCUUUCCCGGCUGUCUCACACAAUUAUUCUUUCUGCACUACAGCUUUGUUCUGGACUCAUCUAUACUGGUGGCCAUGGCAUUUGACCACUAUGUGGCCAUCUGUUCACCCUUGAGAUACACCACUAUUCUGACCCCCAGGACCAUUGUCACAACUGCUGUGGACAUCUCCUUCAGAAGCUUCUGUGUUAUUUUCCCAUGUGUUUUCCUUGUAAAUCAUCUACCCUUGUGCAGGACACAUAACAUCCCUCACACAUACUGUGAGCACAUAGGUGUUGCCCGACUAGCCUGUGCUGACAUCUCCAUCAAUAUCUGGUAUGGGUUUUGUGUUCCCAUUAUGGCCGUCAUCUCAGAUGUGAUUCUAAUUGCUAUUUCCUACAUCCUCAUCCUCUGUGCUGUCUUUCACCUCCCUUCUCAGGAUGCUCGCCAGCAGGCCCUGGGGACCUGUGGUUCCCACAUCUGUGUCAUCCUCAUGUUCUAUAUACCAGCGUUCUUCUCCAUCCUUGCACAUCGCUUUGGACAUAAUGUCCCUCGGAACUUUCACAUUGUGUUUGCCAACCUCUAUGUCAUUAUCCCACCUGCCCUCAACCCUAUCGUCUAUGGAGUAAAGACCAAGAAGAUCCGAAACAAAGUAAUUUCUCUGCUCUUUCCUAUGAGGUCCUAUUGA